AUGGACUUUUUGAAUCGGCUACUCGGUAGAAAUACCGAUACCAAGUACAAGUAUCGCGGCGCCAAACUCCCGGAGAAGCCGUUGACGCCGCGCGAGAUUGAGGAGAUGCACCGAAAGCUGCAUCCUGAUACCCACGUAGACAACGCAGCGGAACCAAAGCCAAUUUUUGACCCUCGUGAUUGGAAUGUUCCCUAUACUCAAUCGCUGGAAGAAAAGUUCUCUGCUGUCGGCUCGCUACAAGAUGCGCAAUCGGGAUCAUUACUAUUUAGCAAAUUACCGCUGGAGGUGCGUACGCAGAUCUGGCGCCUUGUCGUGGGGAAUCAUAAGGUGCAUUUGACCGUACAUCGCGGCAGACUCAAACAGUCGGCGUUUGAGUCAGAGAAUUAUCAGUGGCUACCUCAGAGAGGACUCUUGAGAGUUCCGCUGGUUUGUCGCGCAGCAUACAUGGAGUCCAUCUCGUACCUCUACUCUGAUAACACCUUCUGCUUUGGCUUUGGCCAAGCCAGCUCAAAGUCAGCGCUCACAUCGCUGGACACCAUGCUUCCCAAGCAGCACAUUGCUUCCAUGCAACACAUCGAAGUCGGAUGGCAUCUCUAUGCCGGCGUGAGUCAGUACUACGACAGCCACCCUCAAGCAUGGGACAUCACACUGGACGUACCAGCGCCCGAGACUGAAACCCUAUGGAAUAAUGUCUCCGCUGAGCUCGUCAAACUAUCGCAUAUGCGGACGCUGCGGAUUGUGGUCUGGCUGUCUGGUGAUGAGAGAGGACAGUUUGUUGAGAGGGAGAGAGACAUGCUUGCACCGCUGUUGGUGAUGGGAUUUUUGGAGCGGUUUGAUGUCCAUUUGCCAUGGAAGCAAGAUGGUGCUAAGUUGUGGAAUGAUGCGCCGUUUACUGUUUCCAGGCGUUUCAGGGUUAAGGAGAUGUAUGGUGUGAGCAUUCCGCUACCUGAUGAUGACUUUUACUGGUCGGGUUCAGUCGCUCAACACAGGAUAUAUAGGUGA